ACCACAAACCUUUCCUACCUUCUCAAAAAUUUAAUUUCAAACAUGCAAAUCUUCGUAAAGACUCUUACCGGCAAGACUAUCACUCUUGAAGUUGAAUCUUCUGACACCAUUGACCAAGUCAAAGGCAAAAUCCAAGACAAAGAAGGUAUUCCUCCAGAUCAGCAACGCUUGAUCUUCGCUGGUAAACAGCUGGAAGAUGGACGUACUUUGUCCGACUAUAAUAUCCAAAAAGAGUCAACUCUUCACCUUGUUCUCCGUCUUAGAGGUGGUAUGCAAAUUUUCGUUAAGACUCUUACCGGUAAAACUAUUACUCUUGAAGUAGAGUCCUCAGAUACCAUUGACCAAGUUAAAGCGAAGAUUCAAGACAAAGAAGGCAUUCCCCCGGAUCAGCAACGCUUGAUCUUUGCCGGUAAACAAUUGGAAGAUGGACGUACCUUGUCAGAUUACAAUAUCCAAAAGGAGUCAACUCUCCAUCUCGUGCUCCGUUUAAGAGGUGGUAUGCAGAUUUUUGUAAAGACCCUCACCGGGAAAACUAUUACUCUUGAAGUUGAAUCUUCUGAUACAAUUGAACAAGUCAAGACAAAGAUUCAAGACAAAGAAGGUAUCCCUCCAGAUCAACAAAGAUUGAUUUUUGCUGGCAAACAGCUCGAAGAUGGUCGUACUUUGAAUGAUUAUAACAUUCAAAAAGAAUCGACUCUCCAUCUUGUACUUCGUCUCCGGGGUGGUCAAUAAACGAACCUUUUUACAAAUGAAAAAAUCCUUUCAUAUAUUUGUUUUGUAUAUAAAAAUAUUUGGUUACAUUAGCUUGAUUGUCUGCUUUGCUAGAGAGAUAUAUCUUUUUAAUAGCAGAUUAUUCAUGUAAAAACUAAAAAAAGAUUACAAUAAAUAACCAUGGUCUAGUUACUUCAUAAGUUGCCUUUCCGUAGUUUAGCGCUAAUAUUAUUGAAUAAAUAAAAAAUUCUUUAAUUCUAUUAUUGUCAUUGGAUAAUGAUAACAUUGUACAAUAAAAAUCUUGGGGAAUCUAGCAUUUUAAUCUCUCCAAAAUAUUCACUUUCAGGGUUAUUGACUGGUGUAUUUUAACGACUUCAAUUAAACGAACUAUAAAUCUUAUAAAUCUAAGCGAAGUUCAUAUGAGCAUUUAUUU